GUAAUUCCAAGAAGACCGGUAAGUGCUCAGCGUCCUAGACAUCUUUUCUUUGUAUUACUGCUUUAGAAUUUAACUUGAGAUACAGCUUGGGAUGGCACCCGUCGCAGUCUCUCCCACUACCGCUACCGAAUUCGCUGCCACCUUUAAGACAUCUGUUGUCUCUCUACAACCUAAUACCCUCCACGACGUCAUCGCUCAAGCUGUCGACCGUUAUCCGUCGCACGAACUUGGUUUCAUAACCUCCUCGGCACAUGACUCCUCCAUCCAGACGAAGACCUUCAGCGCGUUCAACCAAUGUGUUCGCAACCUUGCACGUGCCAUGCUAGAGUGGGGAAAGCCCACGGGCUCAGUCGUCGUCGUGUACCUGACGGAGCACGAAGACAAUAUGGCUGCUGUAUGGGCGUGUCUGCUGGCUGGCUAUGUGCCCUGCCUGCAACCCACGCUUAGCGCGCAACAGGCGCACAAGGAGGGCCAUGUCGCCCACAUCAAGAACUUGUUUGGGUCUGCUACUUGGUUGACCAGCGAGCUCGGGGCUGAGCAGAUCAGCACCAUUUCUGGUCUGGAGGUUCAUCUGCUCUCCGAAUUAAAAAUAUCGGCGGAGACAUUUACCGUCUCAGCUGACUGGGUUGGGUACGAGGCUAAGCCAGACGACGAGGCGAUCCUGUUCCUGACCUCAGGGUCUACUGGAUUCUCGAAGGCGGUUGUGCACACGCACCGCACAAUUCUCGCUGCAUGCCAUGCCAAGGGGCAAAGUUACGGCCUGACUUCCGAAUCUCGAGUCUUGAACUGGGUCGGAUUUGAUCAUGUCGCGGGAUCGUUGGAAAUGCACUUCACACCUCUGUUAUAUGGUGCUUCGCAACUCCAUGUGCACGCAUCUGCUAUUCUUGCUGAUCCCCUUCGACUGCUCCGUCUGAUCGAUGAAAAGUCAGUUGAAUUGGCUUUCGCCCCGAAUUUCCUGCUCUCCAAGCUCACGCGUGAUCUGGAGAAGCGCACUGACCUCUUCGGAUGCUUCGACCUAUCCUCCAUCAAGCGGAUUAACAGUGGGGGUGAAGCUGUUAUUUCCAAGACCGCGCAAGCGUUCGCUGCCAUGAUGAAAAAGUUUAGCAAGAACUCCGCUUCCUUUGUGAUCUCCGCUGGGUUUGGAAUGACAGAAACUUGCGCCGGAUGCAUAUACGACCCUGUGGAUGUCCUCGCAACAGAACCUGCUCACGAGUUCCUUGAUCUCGGGCGACCCAUCAAUGGUUGCGAGAUGCGCAUCGUUGACCCCGCAGAUGGCGCCACCCUGCGCCCCGACGGAGAGAGUGGCGAGCUUCAGGUUCGCGGACCGAUGGUCUUCGUACGCUACUACAACAACGCGGAGGCUACUUCCUCCAGCUUUGUUGAGGGAGGCUGGUAUCGCACCGGCGAUGUUGGCAUCAUCGAGAAUGGGGUGAUGCGCCUUAGCGGUCGCAUCAAGGACACCGUCAUUGUGCACGGUGUCUCAUACGGUAUCCCUGAGCUCGAGACCCACCUCCAGACCGUGGAAGGGGUCACGCAUUCGUUCCUGGCUGCAGCUCCGUACCGUGCCACUGGGCAGGAGACAGAAGGAUUCAUCAUUUUCUACUCACCGACCUUCGACCUCGAUGGAGCAGAUGCUUCGACAAAGCUGUUUGGUACGCACAGGGCCCUUCGGGAUAUCUGCGUGAAGAUGAUCACCCUGCCGCCUCAGGUCAUCGUCCCAAUCCCUGUGAACCAGAUGGAGAAGACCACACUGGGUAAACUGUCUCGUGCGCGUCUGAUCAGUCUGUUCAAGCAAGGCCAGCUUGGUCAGCAUAUCGCGCGCUCUGAGGAGCUUCUCAGCAAGGCACGAGGCGCCACGUUCGUCGCCCCGUCCACCGAGACGGAGAAGGCGCUUGCGAAGAUAUAUGCUGGCAUCUUCAACCUUGCAGAAAGCGAGAUGUCGGCGAGUGACAAUUUCUUCGAGAUCGGUGGUACUUCCAUUGAUGCUAUCCGGCUCAAGCGCGAAGGAGAGGAAUACUUCGGCCUUCCUGACAUCCCUGCCAUUCAAAUCCUCAAGCACCCCGUUCUCUCGAGCCUGGCGAACUACAUCAACACCUUGCUCUCCAAGGGCACCCAGACUGAGGAGUACGAUCCCAUCGUUCCCCUCCAGCUCAGUGGAAAUAAGACACCAAUUUUCUUCGUUCACCCCGGUAUCGGCGAGGUGCUCAUUUUCGUCAAUCUCGCUAAAUACUUUCAUAACGAGCGUCCCUUCUAUGCUUUCCGUGCUCGUGGCUUUGAUACUGGGCACCCCUACUUCACCUCCAUGGACGAGAUGGUUUCCUGUUAUACCGCAGCAAUCAAGAAGACACAGGAGACAGGACCAUACGCCAUCGCGGGCUACAGUUAUGGCGGUGUUGUCGCAUUUGAAGUUGCUAAGCGGCUCGAGGCCAUGGGCGAUGAAGUCAAGUUCGUCGGUCUCAUCAACAUUCCUCCUCAUAUUGCCCCCCGCAUGACCGAGAUUGAUUGGACGUCUGGCAUGCUCCACCUGUCGUCCUUCCUUGGUCUCGUCUCAAAGCAUGAUGCUGAUGAUCUAGCUCCUCCCCUGAGACUGCUCACGAGGCAGGAGCAACUCGAGUUUGUGUGGAAGAUGUCGCCUCCUGAACGAAUCAUCGAGCUCCAGCUAACGCUCGAGAAGCUUGAUAAGUGGGUGGACCUCGCCGGAUCCCUCAUCGAUUGCGGACUAGAUUACAACCCAUCAGGCUCAGUUUCUGCACUCGAUGUUUUCUACGCUAUUCCCUUUGCCGGAACCAAGAUCGACUGGCUCAAUAACCAGCUUAAACCAUGGUCUGGCUUCAGCCGCGGCGAGGCAUCAUAUUCUGAUGUGCCUGGGGAACACCACACACUCAUGGACUUGGAGCAUGUCCCGCAGUUCCAGAAGAUCUUCCGGAGUCGUCUCGAGGCUCGUGGGGUGUAGACGCUCUAUUAAACUAUACAGUGGGAGUGCAUUGGUUUCGUACUUAAUUUGUUAUACAUCUUCACGUGCCGUAGACCAGAUGCGUACGUUUGGUGACACCUGAACGUUUGAGGCUGAACGUUGAACAUCGAACACCUCGAGUAGUGUCCAACAUAGGGCUUCGCCCCAACGGACAAUAAACAAGGAUUUUUUUUAAAUCGAACACCCCCACUAAAAUGGUGUACAGGAUCUUGCCUGUUGCGCGCCACGUGCUAUGAGAGGGGUAUUGCUGCUGACGCAGCAGGUCUCCGACUCCCUAAAUUUGUUUACUCACUCUUGUAAUAUUCCCUCGCACUUUUGUGUACGACUUCCAGUUUCGACCCUCGUCUUUUAGGAACCAUCCGAACUUCUAUCACCUUGUAC